AUGUCCAUCAAUUGGGUGAUGUCGGAUGGUCAUGGAGGCUUCGUACGGCUUCCGGCGGAGACUAUCAUCCAUAAAUCGUCACCAAGAAUAUCCUUUGCACUCUCCACCCCUUCGACGUAUCCUGGUCACAAUCCCUUGGACAUCAACUGCAGUUCAGGCAUCGUCUACCUGACUAACCAAAGGAUAGUAUAUCUGCCUGACAAGCCCACGGCAGAUUUUCAGUCUUUCUCUGCACCCCUCCUCAAUCUCCACGAUACUCACAUUACGGUACCGUGGUUCGGUCCUAAUGCCUGGCAAGCGGUACUCCAGCCUAUUCCGGGCGGCAAUAUUCCCGCAACGCACGCAGCGAUUGAGCUCAAAUUGACAUUCAAAGAAGGCGGUGCCACUGAUUUUCAUUCCAAGUUUGAGCAGAUCAAAGAGCGACUGCAGCAAGUUGUAUCGGUUGCGCGGGAGCACAAUUUGACUGGACGACCGAACGAAAGCUUCUUGGGCAAUGUACCCCUGGAUAAUGUCCAUCUCGAUCAGUUGCCAUCGUACCAAGAAUCGGGUCAAGACAGGAUAGCGCCAGCCGACUCCGUGGACUCCAGCACCGCCAUUGGUUCGCCCGGGACAACGAGUCCUGUAUCUUCUACGAGUCGAAUGAGGUCAGCCUCUCCCGUGGAAGACAUGGAGCCACCUCGGGAGCCACCUCCAGGAUACGAGGAGGCGCAGCAGCAGAGUAUACAGGCAGAGCUUGACCGGCUUUCACAAUCUCAGCAAUAG